AUGCCCCCAGAAAAGGAAUCAUUGUUUGUUAGAGAUGAAGAUGAUGAAGAUAAUACUAAUUUAAUUUCCGAAUUGAAUAAACCACAACAAAAUUACCAAACUAUUCACGGUAACAAUAAUGAAAGUAGUAGUAAACAAAAUGAGGAAUAUGCACAAAAUAAAAAAAUUACAUAUACGUACUAUGACAGUGAAGAUGAAGGAUUAUAUCCUAUUAUAGAACAAGAAGAUGACCAAGAUAUCACUCAAAACCCAAAAAAGAACAUUGAUAUAUACGGCAUAAGACCGGUAGAUGUUCAGCUUUCGUUGAAUUUGCCAUUUCAACAAUCGAUUGUUCAAGAUAUGCUUGUUGCUGAAGAUCCUCUAUUAAUCCUAGGGAAAGGAUUGGGAUUGGAAUUAAUCGUGGCAAAUUUAUUAUACAUUUUAAGCACACCUACCCUAAUUAAAGGAAUUGAAAAACAAAGUUUGGUACUAUUGUUGGGUACCACACCUGAAGAUAAUAUAAAAAUAUCCGAAGAGCUAUUCGAAAUGUCAUGUGUGUCUGACGACCAAGCGGUACGUAAUUUUCAUAUUGUUUCUGCUGAAAGUUCCUCAGUGGAUAAAAGACGUAAGUUAUAUUUACAAGGCGGGAUAAUAUCGAUAACUUCAAGAAUUUUGAUUGUGGAUUUCCUUUCAGGUGUUAUUAACCGUGAAAGUAUUACAGGCUUAUUUAUUUUACAUGUAGAAAAAUUCAAUAAAUUUUCCAAUGUGGGUUUCAUAACAGAAAUGUAUAGGGAAGUUAAUAAAUGGGGGUUUAUCAAAGCUGUGUCAGAUUCGCCGGUAUCUUUUAUAACCAAGGGCUUCCAACCAUUGCAUCAAAAAUUAAAGGAAUUAAGAUUAAAAACACCCAUAUUAUGGCCUCGGUUUCAUUUAGAUGUUUCUUCUUCUCUUAACACGGAUAAGUCCAAAGUAAUUGAAAUUAAAGUUGCUCUAACAAAUUCGAUGUCUCAAAUUCAAUUUGGUUUAUUAGAAUGUCUUAAAAAAUGUUUAGAUGAAUUAAAUAGGAAAACUAGUGAUCUACAAAUGCAAGAUUAUUGGUGCUUAGACAGCGCUUUAGAUGAAAACUUUAUGCGAUCCUUGCAUUCCAUAUUGGAUCCACAAUGGCACAGAAUAUCUUUUGAAGCUAAACAACUAGUCAAAGAUAUUGCUACAUUACGAAAAUUACUAGAAAAUUUAUUAAUUUAUGAUCCAGUUGAUUUUUUCGAAAUGAUUAACCUAAUAAUGGAGGCAAACAAACCCUCGAUAACUAGAAAAUAUAUGGAAUCUUUAUGGUUAAUGGCAGAUGAAAGUCAGUUAGUAGUAUCGUAUGCUAAGAAGAGGGUAUAUUCUAAUAACAUUUAUGAAUUAGAACAUUUACCCAAAUGGGAGCAAUUAUUAUCUUUAUUGGAUGACAUAAAUCACGCUGAGCUUGAAGUUAACUCUAACAAUGAUGCUAGCAGCACUGCAAUGAAUGGUUCCACUUUAAUUAUGUGCUCUAAUGGGUACACCUGUAAUCAAUUAAGAAAAAUUAUUAGUCUUCAAAAACAAGAAAGGAUUAGAAAAUAUAUGAUGGAGAAAUUACAACUUUACAUAAAUAGUAAAGAUGAUGCCAUAUCUAAAAAAGUUCUUGAUGAUGUUAAAGAAAAAACGGAGCAAGCUAGCACUAUUGCCAUAGCAACAGAACAUAAUGAAAAUGGCACCUCUAAUGAUAACAACCUUGAUUUAUCUACUACCUUUACUAGAGGUGCUAUUUAUGAUAACAAUCACGCACAAAGUUCCAAAAGAAGAAGGACCAGAGGCUCCUCAUAUGUAGCAACUGUGAAGAAACUCAAAAAUGCAAGUAAUGGCGAAGAUAUUAAUAAUUCUAUGAGUAUAGAAGAAAUCCAAGACGAAAUAACAAAAAUUGAUGAUUUUCUUAACAAUGAUGAAAAUGAAGAGGAGAAGGGGGAAGAUAAUAUUUUUAGUAGUGAAAAUUCUGUCCAGGAAAUAGGAACCAAAACAAUGCAAAAUACCAAAAUACAAAAAGAAUAUGAAGUGUGGGAGACCAGACGCAUAAAUACAAAAUAUAUAGAUAAACAAGAUCAAAUAAUAAUUGAAAAGUAUUUUAAUGUCAAUUGCGAUGCGCUAUUAAAUGAAUUAAGACCAGCCAAUAUUAUAUUUUAUGAACCCAAUCUGACAUUUAUUAGAAUAGCUGAAUUAUAUAGAGCAUUGAAUCCAGCUGUCCAAAUAUACUUUAUGUACUAUAGAGAUUCCUACGAGGAACAAAGGCAUUUAAAUGAAAUAAAGAAAGAGAAAGAAGCGUUUACUAAAUUAAUUAAAGAAAGAGUAAGCCUAGCUAAACAUUUUGAAACUGAAGAAGAUUUAUCAAAAUUUAAAAAUUUGGCUAAAAGAAAAGUGCAAUUAUCCUCCAAAAGAUCAACUAGGGUCGCAGGUGGUCAACAACAACAACAACUCCUUAAUUCUGAGGAAAUGGUUGUUGUUGUAGAUAUUAGGGAAUUUAAUGCACCAUUACCAGGCUUGCUUUACAGAUAUGGAUUUACUGUAAUACCUUGUAUGCUAACUGUUGGCGAUUACAUUCUAACUCCUCAGAUCUGUGUAGAAAGGAAAUCCAUACAAGAUUUAAUUGGAAGUUUUAGGAAUGGUAGGUUGGUAGAGCAGUGUAAAAAAAUGAGUAAAUAUUAUGAAUUGCCAACUUUACUAAUUGAAUUUUCUGAUAACCAAUCGUUUUCAUUGGAACCAUUUAGUGAGUCAAGAAGAAAUAAAAACAACAAUUCACAUCCUAUUAGUUCUAAAUUAAUGCAAGAUGAGAUUCAAAUGCAAUUAGCAAAAAUAGUUAUUAAAUUUCCUAAUUUAAGAAUCAUAUGGUCUUCUUCACCAUUGCAAACUGUUAAUAUUAUUUUGGAUCUGAAGAAUGGAAGAGCACAACCGGAUCCAGCUACUAGUGUUAGCGUUGGUAAAAAAAAAAGCGUUAGAGAAUUACAUAAUGUUACCAGCGACUCUAAACUCACUAAUAAAGGGACUUCAGACGAAGAAGUAUCUGUAACUAAAAUUAACUCCGCCGCUAGCAACAGUGACAAUAAUUUGAAAUAUAUUUUGGAUAUACCAGGCGUUUCAAAUAUUGAUUACUUCAGAUUAUUGACAAAUGUGAAAAACAAUCAAGAAAUGGCAAAUUUAACUUUACAAGAACUAUGUGAUAUCUUAGGUGAUGUAGAAUUGAGUGAAAGGAUCUAUAAUGCAAUUCAAACCAGCAAUAAAGAAAAAAUAGGUGAAUAA